AACAUAUUGUCGAAUAUCCCAUGGCAAGGUUGUCCUUCGGUAUUUGUACCCUUUUUUCGUAACAUUUUUUCUUUCUUUUUUCAAUCUUCAAUGCAGAAUUUUUUCUACCAUAUUUUUUCUUUUAACUCCUUUUUGUUACCUUAUUUUUUUUCGAGUACUUUUUUCAUUAUUAUAUUUUGUUUUAGCCUUUUUGCUUUUUCGAUUCGUUUUUUUUUUUUUUAUUUUUUAUUAUUUUACCCUUUUUGCUGUAUUCGUGGAAUGCAUGGAAGGGACAGCCAAUCAGUUGCAAGGAGAAAGAAAGGGCAUGAGAGACCGCGGGUAUAUAUACAAUGUUACAGAGAGAAGCCUUUGCAUUCUCUCCAGCUGAGAUCAACGUUGCAACUGCUCUUUGAGGCGUGUCCCUGAACUUCCGAAGAUGCGCGGCGCUUACCUUUUCCUGUCGGCGGUGGCUCUGUCGUGGCUCGUGGCGGCUGAGGCGCUCGCGCUGCUCACAGGCGCCCUCAGCGGCCUGGCGGCCCUCAAGGGCGCGGCGCUCGUCGGCAAAGUCCUCUUGUCUCCGAAAAAGAAGCUCCUUCGCGUCGGUCGGUCCGUCGAUACAACUCUGCAGGAGGGCGAGGACCUCCUCCUGUCCGCCGCGACGCAGCUGGACUCCGACGGCUGCAUCCCUCGCCUCCUGUGCCUUCUUGAGACCAAGGAAACAUCCUUGCGCUCGGAGGAAGAGAGCCUCCUGCUGGAGAUCUUCGCCAACAACACCGAAGCCGUCAACUCGCACAACGCCGCCUUCGUCCACGCCACCGACCUAGGCGCCAAGACCCGCGACCCCGCUGCGUGCAAGAAGCUGUUCCCGAGGUGCCCCCUGAGCGAAGAGCAGCUAAGCUCCCUCCUCCAGCAGGCCUGGGGAUGCGGCGUCGUUCCCGCCGCCCUGCAGGCCUACGAGGAGGGCAGCCAGGUCUAGAGGAGGAUCGGAACUGGCCUUUGCUAUGAAGAGAGCCGUUUCUUGUGGAAGAGGCUUUUUCUUUAAGAGAGACUGUUUUGUCCUGGAAAUGGUCUGUUCUCUUUGUGACAAUGGUUUGAUUGUUUGUUGUCAGAUUUAGACCUUUUGUUCUACGUGUAGAAUAUUGUUGCACUUAUUAAAACAGAAGAGUAAAAUAUUGCUAAUUC